AUGGUGUCUAACGGAAGCUCACCUUCCCAUCUUGACGAUGCUACCGCAGCUUUGAUACUGCCAGGCGAAGUGAAAAUAUUUGCCCCAACCAAUGCUGUCUUUACCCAUCCAGCUAUGAUAGCUCUUGAAGCAGGCCGUACCUGGGCCCGGCAAGUGAUAAAGAAAUUUCUGGAUACUAAAGAUAAAAUUUUAAGAGAAAAUUUAACGAUGAGGAAAACAGACAUCGCCUAUUUAACAGAUUUGUUUACAAAAUUUAAUAUGGUUAAUUUGCAAUUACAAGGCGACAGUUUAAAUUUGAUUAAAACAAAGUCCAUCUUAUCAGCGUUUCUUGCCAGAGUUAAACUAAUGAAGCAAAAUAUUGGACAGGGCGAAUUUUCUCAGUUCCCCAAUUUGUCACAGACAAGCUGCCAGGAAGACGACGUUUCAACUUACGUUCAACAUUUAAAUGCCCUCUAUUCAGAUUUUGAAUCUAGGUUUGAGGAUAUUUUGACUAUGGUAAUACCACCGUGGAUAAUUAAUCCAUAUGGUGAUAUAGAAGAAACGAAUGUCAUAAUACAAGAGGAACUGACUGAACUAAGUACAAACGAAGAACUUAAGUCAGAAAAUGAUAAAGCUGAUUAAGAAAGCGAAAUACUGCGAAACACGUCUGCAACUCAGAACACUCCUCAACCUUCUCCAAAUGAGCAGCAACUCGAAUCACAGCUGGUAAUGAAAGCACCUGUAAAACAUCAUCUCACAAAGUCCGCUCCCAAAAGCAAAAAAUCCAAAUGUCAGGCUACACGUCGAGAUGAAGACGACCGAAGAGCAGAUGAGGCCUAUAGAAUUCUGCAAACAGCUUCAAAUCACGACGACUUUUCCAUAUACGGACAGCAUGUGGCAAAUUAAUUGCGAAAACUGAGUUCAACCUCGUACCAGAUAACAAAACAUUAUAUAAAUAUUUUAUUUGAUGCUGCUAUGGGAAGAUUUGAACCACCGGCUAUUUCAAACCCAGUCUGUCCUCCCUCGUUAACGUCUGCGUCGAGUUCCACUCAAAGUUCUUUUAACUGGACUCCAGUUUCUGCACAGUCACCUUGUUCACCAAUAGACGUCAUUCCUCUUUCAAGUGAUUUGCCGCUUAAUGGUAGUAAAGAGAAUGCAUCAAUAUCGACAGACAGAUAGAAGAAUGCCUCUUCAGCUGAUGGAACACGAUUUCCUGAUAUUAAUGAUUUACUAGAUAACUAACAUAUUUAAAUGCACUUAUUUCAUAAAUUAUUAUAAAUAAUCCAUACAAAUGUGUAAAUUUACUUACCUAAAUAAAUUCCUUUAAAAC